AUGAAGGGGCCCUCAACCUUCUGCAGUCUCCUGCUCCUGUCAUUGCUCCUGAGCCCAGACCCUACAGCAGCAUUCCUACUGCCACCCAGCACUGCCUGCUGUACUCAGCUCUACCGAAAGCCACUCUCAGACAAGCUACUGAGGAAGGUCAUCCGGGUGGAACUGCAGGAGGCUGAUGGGGACUGUCAUCUCCAGGCUUUCGUGCUUCACCUGGCUCAACGCAGCAUCUGCAUCCACCCCCAGAACCCCAGCCUGUCACAGUGGUUUGAGCACCAAGAGAGAAAGCUCCACGGGACUCUGCCCAACCUGAAUUUUAGGAUGCUAAGGAAAAUGGGCUGA